AUGACCUCGAUAUCAGGAGGUCGAAAUGGAGAUAGCCCGAUGGGCGAAAAGGACGUUAAGACUGAGAAUCUUGGCGGGGAAACUCUGCAUGAGGGUCUGAUUGAAGUCGCUGGCAAUGCGGACCAACUUCAGCGCCAUCUUGGCAAUCGCCAAAUCCAACUGAUCGCCGUCGGCGGUACCAUUGGCACCGCUUUGUUCGUCAGUAUCGGAGGCGGUCUGAUGACAGGGGGCCCGGGCAGCCUGUUCAUCGCAUUUACUCUCUACUCCUGUCUGCUUGGGCUGGUCAAUAACUGUAUAGCGGAGAUGGUCGUCUACAUGCCUGUGUCCGGCUCAUUCAUACGAAUGGCUGGCAAGUGGGUGGAUGAGUCUUUUGGUUUCAUGGCAGGCUGGAACUUCUUUCUCUACGAAGCAUGCCUGAUCCCCUUUGAGAUAUCAGCGUUGAACCUGGUUCUCACGUUCUGGAGGGAUGACAUCCCAGCUGGUGCGGUGUGCGCUGCCUGCAUCGUUCUCUACGCGGUUUUCAACGUCAUCGCAGUCAAGUACUACGGCGAAGCUGAGUUCUGGCUGUCGACUGGAAAGCUUCUCCUCAUCGUUAUGCUCUUUCUAUUCACAUUCAUCACGAUGGUAGGGGGCAAUCCGCAGCAUGACGCGUACGGGUUUCGCUAUUGGUACAGUCCUGGAUCCUUUGCUGAAUACGUGACGACGGGGUCUUUGGGUCGAUUUCAAGGAUUCCUGGGGUCGCUCUUUUCAGCUGCAUUCACGAUCGUAGGUCCUGAAUACCUGGCCAUGGUGGCCGGUGAAGCCGAGAGACCGCGCACGUACCUCAAGCAGGGAUUCAAGACAAUGUACUGGCGAUUCGGCACAUUCUUCAUAGUCGGAGCUCUCUGCGUUGGGAUCGUGCUUCCCUACGAUGACCCGACCCUCCAGAAUGCCGGUACAGGCACUGCCAACGGCAGCCCAUAUGUUAUCGCUAUGCAGAACAUGGGGAUCAGCGUGUUCCCACACAUUGUGAAUGCUUUGAUGGUCACGAGCAUCUUCUCCGCCGGCAAUGCUUACACAUACUGUGCGAUGCGCUCGCUGUAUGGUUUGUCGCUCGAAGGGCAUGCUCCCAAGUUCCUGUCUCGCUGCUCCAAGCAAGGAAUCCCGAUCUGGGCAUUUCUUGUCACGAUGUGCUUCCCCUUCCUAUCCUUUCUGCAGGUCUCCAACAACACUGCCCAGGUGGUCACGUGGCUCGCCAAUUUGACGGAGGCCGCUCAGAUCAUCGACUUUAUCGUCAUGAGCGUCACAUACAUAUUCUUUUUCCGCGCUCUCAGGGCGCAGGGCAUCGAUCGCAAGACACUGCCGUACGUUGGCUGGUGGCAACCUUGGUGCGCCUAUAUCGGUGCAGCUGGUAUGACCGUCAUGGUGUGUAUCUAUGGAUAUACCACCUUCUUACCAGGCUGGUGGGACAUUGGGACAUUCUUUUCGUACUACACGAUGGUCUUUGUCGCCAUCAUCACCUAUACAGGCUGGAAGGUUAUUAAGAAGACCAAGUUUGUACCUGCGGCACAGGCAGACCUCGUUUGGGACAAACCUGUGAUUGAUGCUUACGAGAACUCAUUGAAAGACCCACCGACGAGGUUCAGGGAUGAGAUUAUGCAGAUGGCUGGCUUGAAGAAGCGGGAACGACACAUUGGGAUAGAUGUAUCAAGUUGA